AUGACGGCGCCACGCGACCGAAAAGACGACACUGUUGAGCUUUUACCUUUAAAAUCGGCUUUAGUAAACAAUAAUUACAAAGAAGAUGAGACGUACUAUCCUCCUGCACCGGCUAUCAAUAAUAACCCGUCGUGCUCAAAUAUCUUCGACUACACUCUCCUCUCGAAAAGGACACCGGCCUCGAAACGGCUGCUGGCGCGCAACACACAGCCUGCGCCAACGCCGCUGGUGACGCUAUGCGGAGCGCCGCCCCCGUCGCGGAAGCGCGAGGAGUUAGCAGCGCUCGCCAAUCUAAGGAAGAAAGUUGCACCGGCGCUUCUUAACAACGACAGGAACACCAGGAACAACGAAUCCAGCAAGGAUGACAAUGACAACGAAGGACUUGACAACAGGCCAAAACUUCUACGAAAGGUGCUACUCAACCGGCCAGUAACAAUGGUGGUGCAAUGGAGCGAAGUGCGGACAGCGUGGCAGGAUAGCGAUUUCAUCACAGAGUGUCUUUGCUGGCACAAUGUCUACCGCCAGCGGCAUGGUGCUCCUCAGCUUUAUAUGGCGCCCGAGCUUUGCGACUACGCGCAAGCCUGGGCGAAUCAUUUGGCGCACACCAACAAAUUCUACUAUCGCAACGACCGUGAUGUAGGACAGAAUCUAUACCAACGGCCGGUGAGCGCUUUGCAGCCUGACAUCACAGGGCAAGAAGUAUCCUCUUACUGGUACGCAGCAGUUCGACAGUAUAAUUUCUUCAAAGAACCCGAUGUUUUGCAUGCUAACGUCAAUGCAGGACACUUUACCCAAAUGGUCUGGGUGGCAACACGUUUCUUCGGAGUCGGUAAAGCGCGUUCCAGAGCUGGCAAGGUGAUUGUCGUGGCCAACUAUUCUCCACCGGGCAACAUCUCCGGUCACUUUGAGACAAACGUGUUCCCACCGCUGCCGGAGAACUUCCCUGAUAUCCCGAUGCCUCCAGAACAUUGACCACGGCUGUCUAUUCGUGGCAGGAGGUUGAAGAUUGAUGCGACGCUGAAGAAAUAGACAAAUCAUUUCCGUUGUAGCUCUUGAUUUUAAUACUGAUAGCAUGAUGAAACUACAUGUGUAAUAUUAAGUGUGGGCGAAGAGAUAUUUCCAAUUAAAUAUUGGAAUUUUGUAAAUCUCAAUAUUAAGUUAAGAUUAGGGCUUUCAAUCUCGGUGCAUUUUCGCGCACCGGGUAAAAAAAGUCAAAACAUGGUGCGAUCUCGAAAAUUGAGGAAAAACGAGACUUUCGAGACUAUUUGCAAAAGUAGGUUGUCAUAUAACAGCCUCUAAUGAUUGUGUGUGAUUGUUACUAAAAAAAAACAAAAUAAAUCAAUAGUUGCACUAUCUAUAUUCGAUUUUCGAUUUAGUCGUCUUUAGCGUAAAAUAAUCGAAUAUAGUUAUUAAUUUAGUAAUUACUCUUCUUCUAAU